UGAAAGACAGGCGGGAUAUAAUCCAUGCAUAAUAUACCUUCUAUAGAUUGUUUCGUCUAACCAACAGUCAUGGCUACGCAGUAAACAGCUGCAGCUGUGUCGCUGAUGGGAACUACAGCUCGUAUUUUCGCUAAAGGCUACUCCAGAAAUGAGUUCAAGUUGAGAAGUUUUAGUCUAGUUACGAGUUAAAGGAAGUGUUAUUACAAGCUGCGAAGAUUAUUACAUUGUGCAACAGUACAAGAUAUGGCUUCGAAAGCGACAUUUGUAUUAUUAUUCCUGUUAGGUAAUGUACGUUUUUCCGCCGAAGACAAUCCCAAAAUUUCGGCUCGUUUUUCCUUUUUUGAGAAUAAGAGGCUGAAAGGAUAUGUUGCUAGACGGUUUGAUUCACGCAGUUUGUUGUCAUGCGGUCAGCAAUGUCUCAGAAACACUUGGUGUACUUCCACCAACUUCAAGUUUGUCUUAAAGAGGAAAGGCGAAGGAACCUGUGAACUGAACAAGCAUGAGAUGUCCAUUGUUAACGAAAACAACAAUUUUUCUGACGACGAAGGAACGACUUUCUCGCUGUUACAUAAGGUUUGUGAAAAAGGAUGGGUUCUCCAUUUUCGAUCAUGUUACCUUGUCCUCGACACCCCAACGCAGAAUUGGACUGAGGCCUGCAGGAUCUGCAAGAGCCACGGGGGAGAUCUAUCAGUAAUCAGAUCUGCAGAUGAGAACAAAUUCAUAAGCAAAUCAGUGCAAGACUCGCGUGUAUGGAUUGGACUUUACAGAAAAUCGGACAGUAAGUUUUACUGGAUUGACGAUACUCCUGUGACAAGCCAAUUUUCUUCAUGGGCAGCUGGAGAACCGAACAAUAUAUUGUUCCCAGAAGGCUUUGCGCGUACUCCGGUCGAUUUUUUUACCGAGUAUCGCGAGCGAGUGCUGGAGUGUAUUUAUCGUCAAGGUUAUGUGAUUUUAAAUUUGUCUAUGGAAGUCGAGGGAGAAACCAGUAUUAAGAGAAAAGGGAAGUUUAGAUCGAGUCGAAGGAAGAAAAGGAAAGGUUUUCACGGGAAAAAAGCCUGGGAAGUGCGAAGGGAAACUGAGGAAAAUGGGAGAAAUGACACCAGCGUAGAAUCACACGAGGAACCACAACCGAGCACGUCCAAGGCUCAAAGUGAGUACGAUGACUUUCUAGACCGCACUGCGCAGAAAAAUAUGUCGGAGUUGAAACUUAUGAACAGUUCUUUUGAAAAGUUGGAUCAACAAGAAGCAGUUACUACUCGUUCUCAAAGUAGUUCAGCAGAAAUGUGUGUUCAUGAGGAGGCACAUGGCUACAAGAUGCGCAGCUACUAUCAGAGUGCUUUGCUGUUUCAGCUAUUUGCAGCUCGUGCCGAAAUUCAAAGUCGAAACUGCAGCUAUUUCAAGAUAGCGGAAGCAGAAAUGGCCUUGCUGUAUUGA